ACAGCACAGUUCAUUCUGCCGUCCCGGACAGUAAAGUUCUCUGUCUCAACACACACAUUCGCUGCAGAGUCGAAGCAACGCGGUAAAAACAUUCUUUCUUGUUAUAUUUCAUUCAUUAGAAUGAUCUACAUGGCCGUGGUAUGUAUUCUGGCUCACGGAUUGGUUGCUAUGACGGAGAGUGACUGGGGAGCCACCGUGCGUUCCGGCAACGAACAGGCCGCCAUGACUUUCAGUGGCGAUUUAUGGUGGUGUGACUGCUGGAACAUGACUGAGGAAGACGAAGCAGUGGAAUGCAGGUGCAAGGGAACCGGCCUCCUAGAUGUUCCUGACAACCUGUACACCGGCGUGCAGGCGCUAUUGCUGUCUGGACUGGGCAUGCGAACAUUGAAGAACAACUCACUACAAACGUACAAGGACUCUUUGCAAGAUCUAACGCUCAACGAAAUGAAGCUAUUACAGGGAAUCGAACUGGGUACAUUCAGCACUCUGGAGCACCUACGAACUAUAUACAUUUCCGAAGCUCCGCUGCUGAAAGAGUUACCUGCGGGAAUAUUCGAUGGACUGACUGAUAAAUUCCUUUCCCUUCGAAUAAUGAGGACAGGACUUGAAUAUCUUCCAGACAUGUCUCACUUCUCCCAAGGAUCAAUAAUGCAUAUGAUUGACUUGGAAGGCAACAGGAUUCGAGAAAUCAAGCCAAAUUCUAUCCGGGUCAAGGCUUAUCAACUGAUCCUCAACUACAAUGCCAUACGGUCGGUGGAUGGGUGGGCAUUCAACGGCUCGGAAAUUGCUAAAUUGAGUCUUAAAGGAAAUCGAGACUUAAGUAUACUUUCCAGUGAAGCAUUUCACGGCCUGAAAAGUCUUAUAGACCUGGACCUCUCAGAAACUGCAAUCACUCGUUUGCCAACCGGAGGACUGGAGGGUCUUGAUGUCCUUAGGAUACAGGACACAGAGUCCCUCAAAGUCAUCCCGUCUGUCUACACCUUCAAGCAUCUGAAGGAGGCCUGGCUCACGUAUUCAUUUCACUGCUGUGCAUUCAAGUUUCCUGCACGUCAUGAUCCCACCAGACAUGCGCUGCACCAGGCUUAUCUCGCUAAGGUGCGUGAAAAAUGUCCCAAAGACUACGACGAAACAAGACAACGAAAUAAGCGGUCCACGACACACACCGUGUGGAUUGGCGCAGUUCCCGACUUAAUCUCCUCUUCACCUGACUACGUUCCAACUCUGUCGUACAGCGACUUAUGGGAUCCUACUUAUGAGGACGGCCGUAGCUUCGGGCCGAUAUCAGCGGAAGGCUACCAACCCCUGGUGGACGGUGGGGUCCAGUCCGACCAGGACCCUCCAGACGGCGAGCACUGGCAUAGCAACGCGGAGCCAAUAAAGUUGAAUGCUGGAAAUGACGGUCCAACCCUCGACCACGGAACUUUUCAUCAGACCACAGCAGACGUGGCAAGGAAGUUACAAGCGAUAUGCGGGAACCUCUCCACCAGUUCGAUACACGUGAAGUGUUCGCCUGAGCCGAACGCGCUGAACCCCUGCGAGGAUAUCAUGGGCUUCACGUGGUUGCGUGUCAGCGUGUGGUUUGUCGUGGUAACGGCCGUCGUGGGUAACCUGGCCGUGCUUCUCGUGUUGCUUAGCAACGUGUUCGAUCUCACAGUGCCCAAAUUCCUCAUGUGCCAUCUCGCCUUUGCUGAUCUCUGUAUGGGAGCUUACUUGCUGAUACUAGCUGUCAUGGACGUCCACUCCAGCGGCGUCUAUUUCAAUUUCGCCUACGGCUGGCAGAUCGGGGCCGGCUGCCGUGUUGCCGGGUUCCUCACGGUUUUUGCUAGUCAAUUGUCCAUCUACACAUUGUCUAUUCUGACUCUGGAGCGAUGGUUCGCAAUCACUUACGCCAUGUACCUGAACAAACGUCUAAGACUACGAACAGCGGCACAGAUUAUGGCUGGAGGAUGGAUGUACUCCAUCACGAUGGCGUCACUCCCUCUAUUUGGCAUCAGUAGUUAUUCUACUACCAGCAUCUGUCUGCCAAUGGAGACGAGAGAUGUGAAGGAUGUGGCGUAUCUAAUCGCCCUGCUGGUGAUGAACGGCCUAGCAUUUGUGGUGAUCUGCAUAUGCUACGCCCAAAUCUACCUGUCGCUGGGUCGCGACACCCGGAGGUGUGGCAGUCCGGGUCGCUCCGGGGCCACCACCACAACCGGCGAGAUGACAGUCGCCAAAAAGAUGGCGCUCCUCGUCUUCACCGACUUCGCAUGUUGGGCGCCCAUCGCGUUUUUUGGGCUGACGGCUGUAGCCGGAUAUCCUCUCAUUGACGUCACUCGCUCGAAGAUCCUGCUAGUUUUCUUUUACCCCCUCAACUCGUGUGCAAAUCCGUAUCUGUACGCGAUACUUACAGCGCAGUACCGGAAGGAUCUCUUCCUGCUCCUUGCCAGGUAUGGCUUAUGUAUGAAGACAGCCCAGCAGUAUAAAUUGACGUAUUCACUAGCGACUACAAACAACUCGAACCAAGUUCCUUUAGUUCAACGGAGCAUGAUUCUGAUUUCCCCGCAGAACCCACAAACCAGUGUGACAAAUGCCAACGGCGGUCUACACGCUGAGGCUUUCGUGUGAAGUUAGCAACUAGCGAAGUGGCUAACACUCCAAGCGGUAAUUUAGUAUACACGUCCACACGUUAAGUUCUCUGCGUAUUCAAGGUUUAUAAUAUUCGACGACGUUGUAUCAAGGUCGUUUAUUAUCGACGAUAUUGUUGAUAAUACGUGAACAAAGACGAGAAAUGGGAAAUUAGUCAGAAACUUUUUUUAAAAAAAAAACUUGAAAGAGAAGAAAUGGCUCGACCUUAGAUCUUAUAUUUUUUUCAAAGAAUAUCUGUAGUUACCACGACAACGGAUAGGCCCUGUUACUGGCCUAUACGUUAUACCAUUUUGAAGUUUUUAUCUACAAGUAAGUUAUUUAUUGACGUAUAUUAUCAGAGGCUUUGCUGAUUCGUGAUCUGUUAGAUUAUCAGUGGGAAGUAAGACGUAGAAAGGGGGGAUGUCACAGAAAAGAAAUCCAUUCGACUACAGAAAGAAAGACAUUUAUCGAUAUAUCGAUAUAUCGAUAUGCCACAUCUUAACAUUUUUUCGCAGGACAGUCACAGGUACCAAUGAUUCUAUCAGGAAAUUUGAAUUAACUAGGCUGUUUUUAGUUAUUGCUUUGUUUUGAAGGGGCAAUAACACCGAAAAAUAUAAAAUUAUAUUUGAUUUCCAGAGAGCGCUUUCAGUGUCCCAUGAGAGACGGUGUUUUGUUUUUUACAUUUACAUUCCAGCUUUAAUUCCGGGAUAGGACAUAGCUCAGAGUUAUUCGUGUGCGUUGCUUCAUUACUUUCUAGUACUAAAAGUCCAAAAUUUUUGAAACUGGUACUUCCUGGACCUGCUUUAACCUCGCUGCUGUGAGAACCGGAAAUCUCAUUGAAAAGGACAGUGUUUCUGAGAUACUUUGGUUGUGACACCGUAGGCAGACUUUUGCUUUCUCUGUAUCUCGUGUAUAAAUCUUUUUUUAUUGUUCCUGAACAAGGAAAAACGUGUCUCUAGAUUAGCUGGCUUUUUAUUAGCCUUUAUUCAGCCUAUGACGGAGAAUUUAAACUUGAGAAAGAUUUGUAUUUUUUAAAACGAGUUAUAAAUGCCACAAAAGACUAAUAUUACGAUGUCGUAUACGUAAAAUAUUAACUUCAGGUCUGGAGUUUCUCAAUAUUGUGUAUUCUGUCUUAUUUUCCUUGCAUAAGAUGUCAGUUGCUCAUCAUAUCCCAAGGGUUUGUUUGCUCAAAGGUGUACACGGAAGUUUUUCAUAUAUUUUUUUUCUUUAUUUUUAUAUGAAUGCACAAAUUGCUUACGUCUAUCCUGAUCGUCAUAGUUUUCAUACAUGUUGUGCAAACCUCCCCUCCCCCCACAUUCCCAAAGCUGUGAAUAUAUGACUCAAUGUGAUUGUAAUUUAAGGUACCUGGCUUUUAUAAAGCUCAAUUUAUAUUUU